UGUGUAUAUUUGUUCCAUUUUGUAAAGUUGAAGUGUCUAUUAGUCUCACACCCAAAGUAAGAAGCAUAAAUAUCAACUGAGACCAAGUUAAAGAGCAUGUGUUUAUGUAUAGUGCCAAUACAAAAUGCAUCAUUUCUUGCGGGGGCGAGUUGAAAUUCUGCAGGAUAAAGACAAAACUUGCACCCUCCCUGCCCCGCUCCGCUUGCCAUCCCUGUGAAAAUGCUGUUCUUUCCCUAAGCUUAUGUUGAAAAAUUCUGUGGGUAACUACUUUUUUGUUGUUUUCCAUGUCACAUUAAGGGCCAAAAGAGAAGCUAUUGUGAUUUUGGGAAGAAAACAUAUCAGAAAGUUACAAAUGAGAGGCUUAUUAGAUGUGUAUUAUUUGAGAAUAACAGAGCAACGUUUACGGAAUCAACAUAAUUCAAUGUUAAAUAAAACAUCUUCACUAGUAUAAAUAAUAGCUUUCUCCCUCUAACAUUCCUCACCAGCAUUUGAACACUAAAGAUAUUAGUAUCACUAGAAACAUUCAGGUACUAGAAAAAUGGCAUUGGCAUUCAAUUGGAAGUUUGCUUUUGCAGCUCUACUAGUAUUGGUUAUGCAGGCUUCUCAAGCCACAUCUCGCGAUUUGUAUGAAGUCUCAAUUGUCAAGAAACACGAGCAGUGGAUGGUACGCUUUGGGCGUGUGUAUAAAGAUGAUAAAGAGAAGGCAAAAAGAUUCAAAAUAUUCAAGGAUAACACUGAGUACAUUGAUUCCGUCAACAUGGCUGGAAUCAAGCCUUACAAGUUGGACAUCAAUGAAUUUGCUGAUUUGACGAAUGAGGAAUUUAGAGCCACUCGCAAUGGGUAUAGAAUGCUUUCUCAAAAGAAAUCCCCUGAGAUCACAUCAUUCAAAUACGAAAAUGUAACUGCUCCAGCUACUAUGGAUUGGAGAAAAAAGGGUGCUGUUACUGCAAUUAAGGAUCAAGGACAGUGUGGAUGUUGCUGGGCAUUUUCUGCUGUUGCUGCUACAGAAGGAAUCAACAAGAUCGAAACUGGUAAGUUGAUUUCUUUGUCCGAGCAGGAACUCGUGGACUGUGACACGAGUUCCGAUAUGGGAUGUGAAGGAGGUCUCAUGGAUGAUGCAUUUAAGUUUAUCAUCAAGAACCAUGGGAUUACUACUGAAUCCAAUUACCCAUACGAGGGAACGGAUAGCACUUGUAAAACCGGCAAGGAAUCUAACCAUGCUGCAAAGAUUACUAGUUACGAAGAUGUUCCAGCUAACAGCGAGUCUGCUCUACUUAAAGCUGUAGCUAACCAACCUGUAUCUGUCGCGAUUGAUGCUAGUGGAUCAGAUUUUCAGUUUUACUCAAGUGGUGUUUUUACUGGAGAAUGUGGAACUGAGUUAGAUCACGGUGUUACAGCAGUUGGGUAUGGUGAAGCUAGUGAUGGGACGAAGUAUUGGCUAGUGAAGAACUCGUGGGGAACUAGUUGGGGUGAGAAUGGUUACAUUAGAAUGCAAAGAAAUGUUGAUACUGAGGAAGGACUCUGCGGAAUUGCUAUGGAAGCUUCUUAUCCAACUGCUUAAGUAUAGAAAUUAUGAACUGGUCUCGUCUACGUGUUCAUAAUUUAAGUGGUGCCUCUAGAACUCUGUGUAUGUAAU